ACGAACCCACGAGCAUCCCGGAAUUUUCCUCGCCGCAAACACUGACAAAAAAAAAAUGACUCUUUUCUUGACCGCUUUACUCCUGGACAAAAAACAGAGGAUUCUCAGCUAAUCCUUCAGAAGACCGAGAGCACCCAUAAUAUCCACCCCUGGCCGUGGCCACGGCCGGCGAAGUGAUUGAUACCUUCAGAGCCAUGCUUCCCGAACCGCACCACCUGGUAGCUCUUCUCCUCCUCCUCGUGGCCGCCGAUCGCUGCCUCGCGGCCACCGGCGAUGACGGCACGCAGUUCACCUACAACGGCUUCACCGGCGCCAACCUGACGCUGGACGGCGCCGGCGGGGCCACGGUCACCCCCAACGGCCUCCUUCUACUAACCAACGGCACCAUGCAAACCAAAGGUCAGGCCUUCCACCAUUCCCCGCUGCCCUUCCGCGCCGCAUCAUCAUCGACGAACGCCACCACGGCGGCGGUGCGCUCCUUCUCGACGUCCUUCGUGUUCGCCAUCUACGGGCAGUACGCGGACCUGAGCAGCCACGGCAUGGCCUUCUUCGUGGCCGCGUCCAGGGACGUGCUCUCCACGGCGCUCCCGGGCCAGUUCCUGGGCCUCCUCAACGACACCAACAACGGCAACCGCAGCGACCGCAUCUUCGCCGUGGAGUUCGACACGCUCUUCAACGCCGAGUUCCGCGACAUCAACGGCAACCACGUCGGCGUCGACGUGGAUAGUCUCAUGUCGGUUGAUUCCGCCGACGCCGGGUACUACGACGACGGCACGCCGGGGACGUUCCGGAACCUGAGCCUGAUCAGCCGGAAGGCGAUGCAGGUGUGGGUGGACUACGACGGGGCCGCAAAGCAGGUCACGGUCACCAUGGCUCCCCUGGGCCUGGCCCGGCCCAGGAGGCCCCUCCUCAGGACCGCCGUCGACCUCUCGGUCGUGGUGCAGAGCACGGCGUACGUGGGCUUCUCGUCGGCCACGGGCGUCCUCUCCACGCGCCACUUCGUCGUCGGCUGGAGCUUCGCGCUGGACGGGCCGGCCCCGGCCCUGAACAUCCGGGCACUCCCGGCCUUGCCGCGGGCCUGGCCCAAGCCGCGGUCCAAGGUGCUGGAGAUCGUCCUCCCCAUCGCGUCGGCGGCGCUCGUUCUGGCUCUAGGCGUCGGGAUUUACAUCUUCGUGCGCCGGCGUAUCAAGUACUCGGAGCUGCGUGAGGACUGGGAGGACGCCUUCGGCCCGCACCGGUUCACCUACAAAGAACUCUUCCAUGCCACCAAGGGGUUCAGCGAGAAGAACUUACUCGGGGAAGGAGGCUUCGGGAGCGUCUACAGGGGCGUGCUCCGGAAGCCCGGGGACAUGGAGGUCGCCGUGAAGAAGGUGUCCCACGAGUCGAGGCAAGGGAUGAAGGAGUUCGUCGCGGAGGUGGCCAGCAUCGGGCGGCUGCGGCACCGGAACCUCGUGCAGCUGCUCGGCUACUGCCGCCGCAAAGGGGAGCUCCUCCUGGUCUACGAUUACAUGCCCAACGGGAGCCUCGACAAGUACUUGCACGAUGACGACGAUGGAUCAAGCUCAAGCACCGCGGCAGGGACACUGGAUUGGUUCCAGAGGUUUCGUAUCAUCAGAGGGGUGGCCUCCGGGUUGCUGUAUCUCCACGAGGAUUGGGAGCAGGUCGUCAUCCACCGGGACGUGAAAGCCAGCAACGUGCUUCUCGACGGCGAGAUGAACGGCCGGCUGGGUGAUUUCGGGCUUGCAAGGCUCUAUGAUCACGGAGGGGACGCGCACACGACGCACGUUGUCGGCACCAUGGGCUACCUGGCUCCGGAGCUCGGGCACACGGGCAAGGCAACCCCGUCCACGGAUGUGUUCGCCUUCGGCGCGUUCCUUCUGGAGAUCACUUGUGGGCGAAGGCCGAUCGAGCAAUAUGAGCGUGACAACCGGAUCGUGCUCGUAGAUCGUGUGGUCGAGCUAUGGCGCAAGGGUUUAAUCUUUGACGCGGUUGACCCCAGGAUUCCGGCUGGGUUUAGCCCGGACGACGUCUCGCUGGUGCUAAAACUCGGGCUGCUGUGCUCGCACCCGCUGGCCAACGCGAGGCCGACCAUGCGGCAAGUCAUGCAGUACCUCGACGGCGACAUGAUCCUCCCGGACCUGUCGCCGGCGUACCUUAGCUUCAGCAUGGUCGAGAGGAUGUACAACGGGGAGUUCAAGCAGAACGUGGUGCCAAAUGCGUCGUCGACGAGCAUGGGUGCCAGGCGGCAGUACCUCGGCCUUCUCAACGCAACGAACGGCACCCCGAACAAUCGCAUCUUGGCGGUUGAGCUCGACACCAUCAUGAACACCGAGUUCCACGACAUCAACAGCAACCAUGUGGGUAUCGACGUCAACAGUCUCGUGUCGCGGCAGGCAAAGACGGCCGGCUACUACAACGAUGAGGACGGCGCCUUCCGAGACCUCACGCUAAGCAGCCGUGAACCGAUGCAGGUGUGGGUGGACUAUGACGGACAGGUCAAGCGACUCAAUGUGACAUUAGCUCCCAUGCAAAUGUCGAAGCCCAAGAAUCCUCUGCUCUCUGAAGCCAUUGAUCUCUCCCCAAUCAUGGUUGACAUGAUGUACGUUGGCUUCUCAUCGUCUUCAGGUACAAUAAUCGCGCACCACUACGUGCUCGGAUGGAGCUUCAGCUUGGACGGACCUGCCUUGCCGCUUGACUUCUCCAAGCUUCCAACACUGCCGCGUGUGGAUACAAAGACACGAUCCAAGAUCUUGGGUAUCAUGCUGCCACUCACCACUGCAUUGGUCGUCGCUGCACUGCUUGUUGCCGUCUUUGUCUUUCGUCGCCGCCGGUUUUCCGAGGUGAGAGAGGAUUGGGAGUACGAGUUUGGCCCACACCGUUUUGCAUACAAGGAUCUAUUUCAUGCUACUAAUGGGUUCAAGUGUAGCAAUUUAGUUGGUGUUGGAGGGUUCGGAAGAGUAUACAAAGGGGUGCUUCCCGCAUCCAAUUUUGAGAUUGCGGUGAAGAUAGUGUCACAUGAUUCAAGGCAAGGACUACGAGAGUUCAUUGCAGAGGUGGUGAGCAUUGGUCGACUUCGACACCGAAACCUCGCACAAUUGCUAGGCUACUGUCGGCGGAACGGUGAACUUAUUUUGGUCUACGACUACAUGAAAAAUGGUAGUCUCGACAAGUACCUACAUAACGAAAAUGGCCCAUCUCUAUAUUGGCAUCAGAGGUAUUGGGUCAUCAAAGGCAUUGCGUCAAGCUUGUUAUAUCUACAUGAGGACUGGGAGCAGGUCAUCAUCCACCGAGAUAUAAAGGCAAGCAAUGUGCUCCUGGAUAGCCAGAUGAAUGGACGGUUGGGUGAUUUUGGUCUGGCAAGGUUAUACGAUCAUGGCACGAUUGCUAGAACUACACAUGUGGUUGGCACCAUGGGAUACCUUGCACCAGAACUGGUGCGCACUGGGAAAGCAACACCCUUAACGGAUGUGUUUGCAUUUGGCGUGUUUCUCUUAGAGGUCACAUGUGGGCGUAGGCCAUUCAGUAUGGACGAAAACAAUCACCGGAUAGUGCUUGUCGACUGGGUCCUUGAGCACCAACGUAACGGUUCUAUUCUCGACACGGUAGAUCCACGACUCAUUGGAAACUGCAACACAGAGGAGGCCAUCCUCGUGCUCAAUCUAGGUUUGAUGUGCUCCCAUCCAUCCCCCAACAUAAGGCCUAGCAUGCGGAAGGUCAUGCAGUUUCUAGAUGGUGGACACUCAACUUCUAACUUGUCUCCAACCUACAAGAGCGACAACACAAUGGGGAUAUUACAGGUAGAAGGUGUAAGUACGCAUGUCUCGUCCGCAGGGAGCUUUUGCACCAUGUCAGAUGACUCUUCGGUGACGGUUUUGCUAGAGGGGAGAUGAAACAUCUUGUAAUUAAUCUACUUCUCUGUUUUAUUCUUCUCUCCCUCUAAUUCCGGGGACUUGUAAGUUUGUAAUCAACUUCUCUGUUUUAUUCAUCUCUCCCUCUAUUUCCAGGGACUUGUAAGUUCGUAAUCGACUUCUCUGUUUUAUUCAUCUCUCCCUCUAAUUCUGGGGAGUUGUAAUCAGAGCUGGUACUUCUUCUCUGCAAGUUGGUGGAGCUCUUUGUCAUAGCUUACUUCUCUAUUUUAUUCAUCUCUCCCUCUAAUUCUGGGGAGUUGUAAUCAAA